AUGUCUGGAGGUGAAACUCCAUGGCGACUACCAGUCGUUGCGGUCGGUUGUGGAAAAAUGGUGGCGGUGAAGUGUUCUAGACUUAUGUAGGUAUAGGUAUACGAAAUACAACAUCUUUAUCGUGAGUGUGAGAAUUAUCUCACAUAUUAUUAUUAAUUAUCUCAGUAUUAUACUGAAAUUCAGGCUACCACUGCACCGUAAAUAUUUGACUGAUUAUUUUAUUAGAUACUUAACCAGUAACUGGAUAACUCUAAAAUCAAACUGUUGUGAUAGCAAAGUUCUAGAUAAUUGACGCACAUAUUUUGAGUUAAAAAUAAAUAUGUCCACUGGCCCUCUAUAUGUUUCACAUAAUCAAAUUUAGUAAUUUACUCAAGCUGCUCAAACUGUGUACAUGAUCAUUGAAAAUUGUUAUGCGGAUUUGUGUAAAUAAAUUUAAAAUUAAAAUUAAAUUAAUUAUAUAUAUAUAUAUCCUUUUAAAGAUCAUUUUAAAUUAAUUCAAUACUAAUAGCGAGUACCUAUAUAUUGGUAACCUGUUUUAAUGUUACCUUCAUUGUAAGUACCUAAGUAUACAUAGCAAUUAAAAACAAAUGUUUUAAUCGAUGUAAUAAUUAGUUAUUGCUAGGCACGUACUUGCUCUUAAUUUUAUACGCAGAUAUAAUUGAAUAGUGCACAUUACUUUUUUUACCCCUAUACGUGUAACUUACAACGAACGUCUAGUAAGAAAAUAUUAAGCAUUUUUAUAAAGUCUAAAAAGUUUGAUUUACAUAAAUGGAAAAUGUACGAGCAGUAAUAGUCGUACGUCGAAAUGUUUAUGAUUUUUACAAAUUUUAAAACAAGUUGGAAUUUUAGGUAGGUACUUAUAAAAAAAACAAAAUCCUGAUUACAGAUUUUCAAUGUUUUUAUUUAUCUUAAGAGUAACUAAUGAGUACUCUUGUGUCAAAUUUCUAAGCAUAUACAAGCAUAUAAUUAUUAUAUAUAAAUACUUAAUAAUAAUAUUAUUAAUAUUAAUUUAAAAAUUGGUUAUUCACAUAAAACCGAAUAAUAAUUUAAAAUUGUGUCAUAAUAUUUUGAAAAUUAUUAAUAAGGGCUGACCCGGAUUUUCUCGGUAUCCACUAUCCCGAUGGGUCAGUAUGCCCUUGGUUAUUAGUAUUUUUUUCGUACAUUUUUCUAAUGUACCUACCUAUAUAAUUUUCCAAAAUUCCAAAAAUGUCCAUGUUGUUACCAAUUUAUAACAAUAUUGUUCCUGUUUUUUAAAAUCGAUUAAAUUGUAUUUUUUAGGUAAUAUGAAAUAAUUAUUAAAUAAUUUGUCAUUGACACUAAAAUAAUAUCUCAAUUUAUUAAUAUUGGCGUAAGAAGUACGAUAAUAUAUUAACUUAUUUAUGUGUUUUGUUACCACCCAUGAAGUCCACAUUAUAGCCAACGAUGUUGAUUUAAUAUCCUAGUUGUUAAUUUAAGGAUCUACGGGGGUUUAAUAGCACUUAACUUAUUGAAAAUAUACGCGCCAAGAUAAUUAAUAAUGAUUUCGUGUGUUUUCUGAUCCGACGCUUGCGUCACGCAACAGCUGCGACCGUAAUGGUUUAUAAAGCCUAGACGUACCAAUAGUCAGAUCAUUAUGACUUGUUGCAUCGCGUACACUACACGGCGUACAGACUUCCUUCGCUUACGUGAGUAUUAAAAACAUUAUAUUAUAUUGUUAUAUAUUUUUUUAUAUUUUUUUAUAUUCAAAGAGCAAUAAUAAAAAUUUUACACUUCACUCUGUUUCCAAUAAAAAAAAACCGGACCAACUUUGCCACUUAUUUCGCAUAUUAAAUGUUGUUUGUGAGAACUUGGAAGGUAGAGAGGAAAUUUAAUGUUUAUCUGUACACAAUGCUUAAUAGUUGCUAAUGAAAAACGAUUCUGAGAGGAAUUCGAUUAUAUAUAUUUGAAAGGUAGUAGUAUUUACGAUUUGAAAAUAAUACAUUUCGUACAUUUUCCAGGUUUUUCAUUUAUUAACAAAACUCCUGAGAAAAUAAAAUAAUAACAUCCCCAAAGUACCACCCUAGUCAAAUUUUCUUCUAGAAAAGUUGCUACUCUUGAAAAUCGAAUCAAAAUAUCUGAUUAAAAAGAUGUUAAAAAAAAAAUUAAAAUAAAAUAAAUAUUCUUGUAAAACUGAUACAUUCUUAGCAACAUUUAGAAUUUAAAAUAAUAAAUAGUAAUGUUGGUUCUUUAAUUAAUAUAAUAUACCUUACACAAAAUGACAAAAAUUAUAUGAAUCUUGAAUACCUACAUUUGGUAGAUAUGCAUAAAUUAUUUGUAGUUUUUUUUUUUUUUUGUUUUUAAUGUAAUAGUAUUAGUAGUAUAAUCAAAAUUUGAUGGGUAAUCAAAUUUUGAUUAUAACAUAUUUUUCGACUAAUUAAUUAAUCGAUACUUUUUAAAAAGUAGGUAGGUAUGCUUUUAUUUUAAAUUAUUUACAAAAUAGAUAUAUAAUGUAUUGAUAUAUUAUAUUAUAGGUACUACUAUAAGCUACUCAAUUGUUUGACAUUUAACUUUAUUUCUAUUAACUAAUUAUAUUUUAUGUAUUUUAAGAAUUUUUAUAAAUUUUAAUUCUCCCGUAGCUUUUUUGUGAAAACGGAUUAAUAAUUAAUAAUUAAAAAACCCACUUUACUUAUAUUACAGUAUUAUACUACGAGUAUAUACUUCCCUAUGUUACUAUACAUUUAUAAUUUGUAUUACUUUUAUUUCAACCAUCCAAACUAUUUAUAAUACAUCUAUAAUAACAAAAUAAUUCAAAAUUAAUAUUGUUAUUUUUGAAAACUUAGUUUUUCUUUAACAAAAAAUAGUUAGAAAAUGUAACUAUAUUUAAAGAAAAAAUUAUGUAUAAUUGAAAAAAUAAAUAUCAUUACCUUAAUGUAAUAAUACAUUAUUACACAAUGUCAAUGAUAUUCAUUCUUUCCACGUAUUUUUUUCAUAAAUUAUUUUAAAACGUUCUGUACUUAUCUAAGCAUAAAGGUAGGCACUAUACAUAUUUAAUGAAGUUUAUACAAUUAUCUAUAGUACGGAAAACCUAUAAAAGUAGGUAUAAUGUAACCUUUACCUUAAAACCUCAUAAAAACUUGAAAUAUUAUUAAAGAAAAUGCUGUUGUAAAAUUAUAGCCGUAAAAUCUUUUAUAGUCUAACCAUAUCCUUAUGUAUAUGAUCAAUCAUGUUAAAUAUAUACUACGGAUCAUUAAUUUAUUAUACAUUUCAAACUACAGUAAUUUUAUAUGAUUCAAAAUGUACAAGUUUACAUGUGUUUAUGUUUUAAAUCUAUCUAUGAUAAAUUAAUAUAGAUUGGUACCUACUUUCAUAAAUAUUUCAAAAAUAAUAAUACAAUAAAAAUUCAUUUUUAACGAUUAUUUAUAAACAUUAACAUUUUUACAAAAUAUAUUGAAUACAUAUUUUUAAAAAUGUGCAAUAAUUAAGAUUUAUGAAUCAUGAUUAUACUUAUUAAGUAAUAAAUACCAAACAAAGGUUAUUUAUAAUUUGUGAUUUUAUAAACUAGGUUGUAUUAUAUCAACACACAAUAUAUAUACUAUAAAUAAAAUUUAAAAAUAAAUUUAUUGUAAAAACUAAAACAUUUUUUAUUUUGGAAGUAGCUUUGGUGUAGUUAGUUGUAUCAUUUGUAUCUAAAUAAUUUAGGUACCUACCUACCUACAUAUAGAAGUCAAUGUCCAUGAACAUAAUAUAAAAAGCAUAUACCUAAUUAAAAGUUACUAUCCAGUGAUUUUGUCUUUAAUUAAAGAAAAUGGGCUUAAAAGAUUAUUUUUAAGAAUAUCAUCUUCAAAAGAUCAAACAGUUUUUAAUACUUCAUUAAUUAGACAGAGGUUUCACAUUAUAUUUAAAAUUGUAAUUAUAAAGUUACUUUUUAAUAUUUUAGUUGGCUCUUAGAAUGGUUUUUCUUCUUCUUUUCUCCGUCUAUACAUAUUAUAAUUUAUCUAAGUAAAGUAUAUUAUUUUAUAUUUAUAUUUUAUACUAAACUAAGAUCUUUUUUUUUUUUUAUUAUUUCACUGAUAACUUUGUUCAAGUAAAUGUCAUCUAUAGUAUUAUUUUGCUGGAAACUAUUAGUAGGUACAAACCUUCCUAAAUUAAAUAUAAUAUUAUAAUGAAAAAGUAUAAUAUGUUUCUAUAAUCUUUAUUCGGGUACCUAAAUAACUACCUACUACAAAUUAGUGUGUAACUUAUUAAUAUAAAUAUUUUAAAUUUAUUAUUAUUAAGAUAUAUAUAUUAAAAUAAUAUACAAACUAAAUAUGAAAGGUAUUAUCUAUGUAUAAUGUUUAAAUAAGACUUAUAUAUUUUUAUGUUGCCAUGUGUGUAUAAAUCAAAGUUAAUAUUAAAUUUAUUUUAAAAAUAUAAUUUUUAUACCUACCUUCAUUAAUACUAUAUCAUGUCUAAUAUAGUAAUGUACAUACCUAAUAAGAUAAUUAUUUCGUUAUUUAUAUAGUCUCAAUGAGAUGAAAUAAUAAUAUGAGCUAGUUUUCACAUUUCGUUACCUAAUUAUUGAAUACCUUCAACAGUAAAUAUUUUGUUACUUUCAGUUUAAAUAAAAGAAGUAUACAAAUCAACAACAAUAUGGGACAUUCUGCAGUUGCAUUAUUGGGAUUUUCCUGGUUAUUUUUUAUCAACACUAUUGGAUUUGCUUCUGUAUUGCCAUUGAACCAUAUUACAGAGGUAAGUUCACUUACGUGCAAUAAUUUAGUUUAUCUAGAACCCAAAAAUAAACUUGACCGUAAUAAUAAUUAAAAAUACCUAUUUAAAUACACAGUAUAUAUUAUAAUAUAACACAGAGUGAUUAAUCUAUCGUAAGACACUUAUUAUCUCGGAAAGUAUUAUUUUCUUUGUAGAACAUUUAAGAAAUAAGCAGCUUUACAAUUUUACUUUAUGUUAUUUUUUGGUUACCCUUAUUUUUGGCAGUAAAAUCACUACAUCAGGGGUGGGUAGGCAUGAUCUGAACGGCCCGGGAAAAAUAGAAUCUAGCGUCCCAAAUAAUCAUAUCCAAUAUUCAACAAAAAAAUUACUUACCUUAACCUUCGGUGCAUCAACACUUACCUCUUUUCUUUAUUAAAAAAAAAAUAUAAAUUUAAUAUUACUCUAUUCCAAUUUCAAUAAAAAAAUUUAAGUUGCUAAAAAAAAAUGUCUUCCAUAUACCAUUAUGGCAUUACCUACAUGAAGUUCUAGAAUUUGAAUUUGAUAUAAUAAGGGAAGAGUUUAAAUGAUAAAUGAAAUUUCAUUUUAAUUUUAUUUAAUUAGUUUUAGUUUCAUUUUAUUUAGUGAUUUCAUAAAAUAAAUGUAUUAAUGAAGAAUUAUUCUUGGCAUGGAGACAAUGAUUUUUAAAAUCAAACUUUAAACAAAAAUCAUAAACAAAAAUAAUACCAACAUUUUUGAAAGUGGCUUAUUAAGCCCCAAUAAAUGUUGAUUAUGUAUACUUAGUAUUUACUUGAUGGGUACUUUAUUUUAAGAGGUUUGGUUGAGUAUUCGGGAGGAGGUCAAAAUCCUCUAAAAGGCCCUCCCCUUUUUGCCCUAAUGCAUAAACUUAAGAGUAACUUAGGGUUAUAUCUAACAUGUUAGGCACAGGGGAGGCCUCCCCGUACCCAAGCUUAUAUUAAUCCCUCCCUUCCUGAUCUAUUUUCGAGUAAUUGUAAGUACCUAUUUAAAAAAUAAUUGGAAUUAAAUUUUAUUCGAUUAAUUAUAAAAAAUGCAUACAAAUAUGUCUACCUAAAUAUCAUUACCUGUACGGUAAAGGUUAGGUUUGGUACUUUUGUUUUACUAUUUUGUACUAAUGGGAAACUAACGAUUGAGCCAAGAAAAAUGUCAUAGCUUAAAAUUGGGGGAGGGAACGGUGAAAUGUACGUGACUGAAAAGUAUAUGUACAUUUGUACAUACUGCAUAUUAUCCAAUAAUAAUUAUACAUUUAUAAAUAAUAAUAAAUUGAUAAAAGCUGUAGUUAUUUAAAUCGGUGUAAAUUAUAACAUGAAAAUAUGUAUCUGCCUAAACUACAUAAUUUAAAUCCAAAUAGAUUGGUCCGUAAUACUAUGCAUAUUAUACUAAAUAACAACAGAAAGUAGUGACUAGUUAAACAAAAUUUCACUGUAACGUCUGUGUUCGAUUACUGAGUACGGUGUAGGUACUUUUAUUUAGGUAUAUUAGUUGAUGACAGCAACUAUGAGUCAAACUCAAAAAUAAUAUUCAAAUUCCAAGAUAAAUACUAGUGAUGGUAGUCAUAUUAGUAGUCAAUUUAGUAGUCAUACAAUGAUAAUUUAUUAUGAUUUAAACUAGAUUUAAAUAAAAAAUACAAUAUUAUUGUAUUUUUUUAUUAAUUUUGAAUAUUCGUGUUUAUGUACAAUAGCAAAUAGCAGUAUUUUUCAUCGGCCCAUUUUCGUCAAUAUUAGUAGCGGCUCACCGGGAUAAUGUGUUCCAGUGUUCUGGUGGGCCUUUCCGCCCCUGUAAUACAUAGUACAUACAUUUGAUUUUCAAAUGGUCUGUAUUACAAAUUCCAUAAAUAAUUGCAGUCUUAGUUUAAAAAAAAAUGUUAGUGAUGACAUUUUUGAUUUCCGUCAAUCCGUUGACAAUAUACAACUUUUAAGUUUGACUCGGGAGAGAGUAGUGGAACAUCAUUUGUGUGACGCACGGCACGUGACCAUUUUAUUGAAUUUUUAAUAUAGGUUGCUAUUUAAAAAUCAAUAAUAGUAAUUUGUUUUACGCCAAAAAUAACAAAAAUGUAAAAUUGUAGAGCUGCCUGUUCCUUAAAUUUUCUAUAAAACAUAUUUUGAAAGAAUACUUUUCUAAAUAAUAAGUGUUUUAUGAUAAAUUAAUCACCCUGUAUAGCUAGUAUUAUAAUUUUCUGUUUAAAAAAUUCUUAUUAGGUCCCUACCUAUUUUAAUUAAACAUAUUGUAUUACCUACCUAUAAAAAUACUUAUUAUAAUUUAUCCAAAAUCAUGUUUAAUUUUUAGAUGAUAAAUGUAAGUUAUUAAAUAAUAUUUCUUUACGUAGGUAUAGAUUCCUAUACCUAAUACCUUUUCAAGUAUAGAAUCUAACAUAGCAUUAGAAUCAAUAUAAAUAAUAAUUACCUACAUCAUUGAUUUAUAAAUCGAAUAGUAGCUACUGUAUAUCUAAGAUUAUAGAUAUAUUAUAUUAUGAUUAGAGUAAACUUAAGACCUUAUUGUUCUUAUAAAGUAAUAAAUAUAGUCAAUCAAUUUUAAAUUUAGUCAUUAUUAGGUAGGUACUCAUUUAAUUGGUACUUACCUAGAUUAGGUAGGUACCUAUUAAAAAAUACAAUUUUUUAAAAAUAUUGGUAGAUAUACCUACCUUAUCAUUUACUUAAAAUAAAUGCACUUAUACAAUAUCCAAAUACACGUAUGCAAUUAUAUUUUAAUUAUUAGAUCUGAUUAGAUAUUUUAACAUAAGACGUAUAAUAGUGACUUAAAUUCAUUAUUAAAAGUUUAUAUUUCUUAAAAUUAUAAAUUAUAAAAUUGUUUGUAUAUUUAUUAUUAUAUAGCGUUAUAAUAUGUGAUUAAAAUAGUAGUCGUUUUUCUAAUAUAUUAUUAAACAUUUUACAUAAAUGAUAAUUCAUAGGUAGGCUGUAAUAGUCAAUAGUCCGUGUCAUAUGAUUAAUUAAAACAAUUUUUUGUGCAAAAUACAUUUAACAGUAAAUUAAAUUAAAUAUUAAUUAAAAUUGUUUUUUUUUUUUACAGAACUCGCUUGACGAAUCAUCAUCCAGGGGUUAGUUUAAUUUAAAUUAUUUGCUAUCACUAUACUUACAGUCCAAUUGUUACACACUCUUAUAAUUUUAUUAGGUAUAUAAAUAAUUAUAAAGUUAGUGUAUAAUUUAAAAAUGUAAUUUUUGUUAUAACUAUAAAUAUUAAUGGGUACUUAUAGGUACUAUUUUUUUAAAAAUAAAAUUCGGUUCAAAAGUGCAAUUAUCAUGAUCAUUCCGUCGUAAAUAGAUUAUUCUUCUUUUUACAAGAAAUAAAAUAGGUAGGUUACAUUUUAUUAAAAUUGAUAAAAUUCGUUUUAUAGGUAGUGAACAAAGUACAGCAAAAUUAGAGUAUAAAGAUUGGGUUAUGGUAAAAACAUCUUCGGACAAGAUAAUAGUUUCUCCUGGUGGCAGAGUAGAACUAGAAUGUACAGUUUUUGGAAGUCCUGUUCCAGAAGCAAAAUGGAUUUCUGGAAUAAAACUCAAUCAAGUAACAGACAUUUUAAUUAAGUUACCUAUGUAUUUUAUGUUAAGUAAUUUUUCCUAAUUUUCUUUUAAAUACCUACUUAUUAAAUCUGUUUAGAUAACGGUAACUACAGACGAAUUUGAAGAGUUAAGAGACUUUCAAGGUGUUGGUAAAGUGACAGUAAGAAAAGUCAUAGAUUGUAUUCAACCACACCACAAAAACGUCUAUACUUGUGUUGGCCAGGCAAGAGAUCAAACAAUGUCAAGUAAUCCUGUAACAAUUUCAGUUGAAGGUAUGAACUGUUAAAUGUAUAUACUUUAAUAAACACUAUUUGUAUGCCAAAUACGUAUAUUAAUAUUAUUUUAGUAGUUAUAUAAUGUAUUCCCGUUAUACAUGGUGAGUUAUAACGGCCUUUGACAUAUGUAAAUGGCUUUAAAUGUUUAAGUGCCAGAUCAAAAUACUCUAAAACUUCAUGACGACAAUUUUUUUACAUACGAAUUUUAAUAGAACCAAACGUUUUAACGUUGAUAAAAUUAAAACAAUAUCAUUAUUAUGUAUUCACCUACAAAAACUGCUCACUGACUUAUAGAUAAACUAUAUUAUAAAUUACUAGCUAUCCCGCACGGCUUUGUUCGUGCACACUAUUGAACGAAAAAAAAAAUUUUAAAUAAAAAACUUUCCGUGACUCCCUAUACUGCCGUACCAUAGUUAACUGUCUUUACCCUGUAAUUAUUUUUUUUUAAGGCUACCUCUUUGACGUGACAACAAAAUUAAUUAAUAAUAAUUUUUUUUUCCAUAUCACCAAAGUAACCCAUGAAUCAACAAAAAUAUUAUGUACCAAAAAUAAUAAUAAUGUCAGUAACCCUGUUUCAGCCCCUAAGUAGGAGUUAAAUAUGCAGAAUAAGUAGCCUCUAUGUUAUUUCUUGUCAAGAACUAUCUAUGCAAAGUUUUAGUUCAAUUCAUUCAGUAUAGCUUUGGCAUAGAGUAUUAAUAAACAUCCAUCUAUCCAAACAAAUUUUCAAAUUUAUAAUAUUAUAGAAUAGCAUAGGAUAUUGUAUUAAACGAUUAAAGAUUAAUUGGAAAUAAUGUAUUGUUCAUCAUUCAUCAAGUGACGAAUUGACUGUAAUGACUAAUGUUGUGAAGGAACGCGUUUCUUUUCAAAUAUAGGAAUGAGGGACGGGGAUGAGUUCCUAUUUAUCUGUUCUUCAAAUUUUCGUUCUUUUUAUUAGAAAAAUAAAAUGAAACUCAUGUUAUUUUAGUGAUAACAUUGUUUAGAAAUUUUUUAGUGUCGGUAUCAUACUUCAUGUCAUUAUGAUUAUAAAAAGACAUAAGAUAAGCGAUGCUUUGUUAAAAAAAUUAGUCCUUAAACAAAACAAAACAUCAGGGUAAUGAAUUUGUUUUUUUUUGUUUUUAAUUAAUAAAAUAUUAUAUUUUGAAUUUUAAGUAAAUUGAUGAUAAAUUUUUUUACAAGUAAUAUAUUUUUUCAUCUUUUCUUUUUUAGGGUAGGAAGUAGGAAGUUUAUUUCAUUUAUUAGGAUUUUAAACAUGUAGAUUCUAAGAAAUAAGAAUAGUUUCCAAUUUUAGUUAUCCUACCUUUCCAAAUUCCCCCAAUUAACCCUUCCUUAAACCUAUUAACACCAACAUUUAUUUAAACUAAAACUUUAUCUAUUUAUGGAAUUUUUAGUAUAGGUUGCUAUUUAAAAAUCAAAAAUGGGGUUAUAAUUUUACUCCUUAAAAUAAUGAUGACAAAAAUAACGAUAAUGUAACAUUUUAGAACUACUUGUUUCUUAAUAAUUUCCGUGAUAAUGAUUAAUGAAUACCUUACAUUAUGUUGACCAAUAUAGGUGUAAUAAAUUGGUAUAAAUAAGAUAAUUCAAAUUUCAAGUCUUGAAACCUUUACCUAAAAUUCAAACUUUAUAUUUUAAUAUAUUAUAGUAGAACAUUUUUUCUGAACAAAUAAAUAUUGUUAGUAUCUCAGUUAAUAAAAACUGAAAUACCAUUACAAUACAGUCAAAUUUAAUCAUUUCUGGAAAUCAGAAAAAGAAAACAUUUUUUCGGGUUUAUAAAAUUAAAAAUUAUGUCAAUUCCUGUUAUAAUUUUUAGGCGAAGCAGUUCAGUGUUCCCAGGGAAAAACUAGAAUAACAAAGUGGAGUCCAAUUAUAACACAAUUAAUGGGUUCAACUGUAAUGAUCCCCUGCCAAGUGGUCAACAGUGCCCCGUAUAGAAAAUAUUGGAAGGACAACUUUGGCAACAUAAUCGAUACCGACACCGAUCCACGACGCAAAGUAAAUAAUUUCAUUUAAAAAUAAUUCAUUGUAUGGUAAAGUUAUAUUAUGGUAUUUAUUUUACAGCUGGGACCUGAAGGCGAACUAGUUUUAAACAACUUAAGCUGGUCGGAUAUGGGUGAAUACGUUUGUGUAGUAGAAAAUUCGAUCAGCCGAGAUGAGACAUCUACAUUCCUCUAUCCAAUGCUAUCUAAUGCUUAAAUUAUUUUACAUAUUAAUAUUUAAUAUCUUUACCUAUCUAUAUUUAUUUAUAUUCAAAUGCAGUAUUGAAAACCUGGAAUGAUUAAAUAAUUCCAUUAUUCUUAGUAUAGGCGCUUAUUAUGGAAAAAUGGGCACAUUGAUAGUAUCUGGUAUUUUAUGUUUCCUUACUUUAUUUUUUUAAAUUAUUGCUUGUCUGCGUCUAGUUUUGUAUUAUUUUAAUAUUUAUGCAAUUCAUUGAGGGAUUAUUUAUAUAACUCAAACUUAAAUAUUGUAUUAUUAUUUUUUUAAUUAAUUUAAUUAUACCUACU